UCAGCUCCAUUGCACAAUGAGUUCCAUCAAUGACUGCGAACAGCAAUUCAAAGACGAAGAAUAUUUAACAGAAACUGCAACAAGCAUGCCAGUGAGAGCAAUUGACAGAUAUAUCCCAUGGUGGAGAAGGAUGUCCUCUUCUGUGGUUUAUGUGCUUCUGGCCCUCUCCUACCUGCUGAUCAUCAUAUUGUUUGGACUUGUGGUGGCCCAGGAAAGGAGCAAAUUGCAGCAACAAGGCCAAGGAAUCAAAGACAUGUACCCAUGUGGAGCCAAAAGCAGAGAAUGGGACUAUUUUGAUGGUGCAUGUUACUUCUUCUCCUUCCAACAACUCAUUUGGCACACAGCUAAGAGUCAUUGUGAACAACAGCAUUCACAACUGGUGGUAAUUACCAAUCAGUAUGAACAGAAUUUCCUUCAGUCUCGAACCAGGGGUGAGCGCUACUGGAUUGGCCUCAGUGACAACAAUAUCGAAGGGCAUUGGAGAUGGGUUGAUAACACAGACUACAGAACCAGCUUCAAGAAUUGGGCAAGAGGUGAACCCAAUGACCAUGGCAAUAAUGAAGAUUGUGCCCAGAUCCAUGAGGCUGGUGAAUGGAAUGAUGUAUCCUGUAACACAAAAAGCUUUUAUGUGUGCAAGAAACCUUUACCUUCCUAAAAAAUCGAAGGGGAGAGAAAUCAUCUACUCUGGAAUCACAAUGAUUCUGGAGAGCCAGAAUGAAGCUAUAUAUUAACAACAACAACAACAAGCAAGCAAGCCAGCAUAAUCAAAGAGCACAACAGAGAAUAGAAUAGAAUAGAAUAGAAUAGAAUAGAAUAGAAUAGAAUAGAAUAGAAUAGAAUAGAAUAGAAUAGAAUAUGCAUGUAAUCUAAACAAUCUGUUGAUGGAGACACCUUUGUAAUGGUGGUGAAAUAACUGUUCAUAUCCCAGGGUUCUCUGAACAAAUGGAUGGCAGGGCUUAAUUUACACAUGAUCACACACAGCCACACAAAUCAUACAAAGGCUCAUAUUAAUCUAGAAACAUUACCCGUGACUUGGGAUCAUUUCUCAGUCUAAUCCCUGAAAUAGCUAGAAUUCUCUGUAAUAAUUGUGAGGGAAAUGUACUCUGAACCUGCUCAGAAGCCUUUGAAUCUAUGUUUAUUUACUGUUCCAAGGCUGAACCUUGGCUGUGAAAACUGGUGCCAGUAGGGAUAAACCAAGAAGCAGAUAAAGCCCUGUAAGCCGAUGGAAUUCUAUAGCAUAUAUUAGUUAGGGUGAUCUUGUUUAAAUUAAAACAAUAAUACUAAGACUGCAGCCGGCAUCCUUGCCCAAGAAACAACAGGUCUUCAUUGUAUUUAAAUCUUCAUUUGAAAUCAGCACAUCACCUUAGAAAUAGUGGUCUCUAUUGGCGCUAAACAAAUUGUGCUUGUUCAAGUGAGGACAGGCAAAGUCUGUCUAUUUCAGUCUUCGUUGUUUUCCUACCUAUCCUUUCCAAGACAUUUUGCAAAGCUGUACACAAGCCUCCUAAUAAACUUAUAUUUAGACAUCUUUGCUUCA